ACCUAAGCUAGAGUCACUCGGUCCAUUCACAGCGGGAAGUUUAUAUCUUUGUCUUAUCAGAUCGUUUGCCAGUAGAUAGUUUGCAACAUGGAUGAGCUUCAGUGUUACUCUGAACAUGGAAUGUAGUGGAAUUCAGACGUAAAUCUUCACUGAUUUUGGACUUUAGACGUUUGUUUUGGAACAACCACAUCUGUUAACAUGGAAGCGACAUUUAUUGUUUUUGUGAUUUUAAUAGCAAUUGCAAACUCUCGUGAAAUUGAAAUGCGAUUGAGGAAAAGUGUAUUAUUUGUCAACAACAGAAUGUCUCACCCCCCCAGCCUGUCAUCUGUGAGUUGUCAACAACUGUCUUGUGAACACAGCUGCACCGAGAGUCCGCGUUUCCCAAGAUGCACUUGCUGGAAAGGAUUCUCACUGCAGCAGGACAGGAAAUCUUGCAAAGACCUGGACGAAUGUUAUCUGUUCUCGUCCAUCUGCCAACACAAAUGUGUCAACACUCCGGGGAGCUAUGUCUGUACCUGCCACCCAGGCUUUGUCCUGGCAGUGAACGGCCGCAGUUGUACACCACACAACAAAAAUACUCAGUGCAGUGGCAGGAGUUGUAGCCAUGGGAGACAACUCAGUCAUCAUAGGAUCCGCAGGCCAUUUUCAAGUAAAAGACUGUUUCAUACACGCGGAACCAGACCUAUCUCAGGGUCAAGGACAGUUCCCUGCAGGGGUCAAGGUUGUGAUACAUCCACUCCUGCCAGACAGCGUCGUCGCCAUGGAUACAGCAGUGCUGAAUCAUUGACAAGAACAAUCUCACCGCCAAUGUUCCUCCCCUGUGUAGGUAAUAAGUGUAAAAGGUACAAGCCAGUGUAUCAAGGAAGGAGAAGGACGGAGUUGUCUCCCUGUGAUAAUGGAGGCUGUGGAGGAAAGAAAAUAACAAAAGGUCAAGGCCACAUUGUAUCAUGCUUGCAUCCCCCAUGUGGUCAAGCUGACCCUAAGGAAGAUGGGAUCCCAAGUGAGGGGGCAAUGAGAGGGGCACUUAGGGGGGAUGGUUGUCAUGGGAGGGUGUGCCAGGAUGGUUAUGAUGGGAGAAAAUCCUGGGGGGUGUUCCCCACUGAGAGGGACUAUUUGAUAAACACUGAUGACUUGAAGGAUGCUUAUCACGAUGCCCAGAAUAAACAUUCAAAUGUGCUGAAUUCAAAACAGCAUGUAAACUCUUCUGGAAAGAAAGCUGAAAUUAUUCCAAAAACAAAAAAACAUAAGAAAAGAGAUUUAAAAAGCCAAAGAGAACAUACAAGGAUGAAAUCCGGGUUUCCAAUUACAAGCAAACACCAAUUUAUAAAUGUUGUCAACAGGCAAAGAAAUCAUCCGUCGUAUUCUAAACUCAGAAAGUCAAAAGCAUCUGUGCAACUUCCUUAUCAGAUGAAGCCAAAGAACAAAAAUGAGUUGAAAAGUAAUAAGAUGGAGGAAACUGUGUUUGAAGACAUGCAGCAAGAUGGAGAAUGGACAUGUCGCGGGGAUCUCUGCAACCAGAAGAACCGACUAGGUAACCUGCAGACAACUCAACCAAGCACUCUGGUGGAUGCUACACGGGUCAAGUGUCCAACUGGCUACCAGAAGGGUCUGUUUGAUGGCAUCGUUGUGUGUCGACCAUUGCGCGAGAGUGCUCGUAAAGAACUUGAGUCGAAGAACUGUCCCCCUGGUUAUAAGGCUGUGAUGGGUAAGACUGGUGCUGAGUGUGUGUUUGAUGAAGACAGUUUGGCAUGUGGUCCAAGGCAGGUGCUUGUUGAGACGAAGAUGGGGAGGAAGUGUGUCGCUGUAACAACGCCAGCUCCACCAUCCUGUCUCACAGGACAGACGCUUGUAAAGGUGCAGGGGGAAUUUGUAUGUGAGGAUAUUCCUACAACUACAACUACUACAACUACUACUACUACUCCAACACCAACUACUACUACUACUACUACUACUACUACAACUACUACUACUACUACUACUACUACUACUACAACUCCUUUGACUUGUCAAGACAAUGAAGACCUUGUUAUGGCAGUUUCCGGUGCUAUCUGUGUCCUGAGAACAACUCCAACGCCCACAACGACAUUCCCACCAUGUCCUGUUGGCUUACAGCGAGUUCAGACAUCAAUAGGAAUUGUGUGCCAGUAUGUUGGUCCGGCCUUCACCAUGACAACCAGACCUCCCCUGGUCUGCAGACCCCCACAGAUCAUCAUUGACACACCAAGAGGCCAAGCGUGUGGGUUGCCCCCAAAGAAAGACGUCACAAAAGUUAAGUGUCCUUUUGGACAAAGACUGGAGGAAGGGCCAAAGGGUCUAAGGUGUAAGAAAACAAACCGAGCCACACUGACAGGCCUCCCCUGUGCCUCUGGGCUGGAGUUAGUGAGGACGAACAAAGGGCUGGAAUGUAAGUACCGGCGGACAACGCGGAAGACGUCUGAAGUGACCCUUGCUGGAAAGGUCGGCAGCUCAUGCCCUGAAGGUCAGAUAAGGACAGCGACACCUGGUGGAUUUGUUUGUCGGGAUCUAAAGGUGUCAGAGGUUGACCUGCUUCCCGACUGCCCUCGUAAUAUGAUUCCUGUCCAAAUGCAUCAUGGGUUUGAGUGCGUGAAAAAAUCGCAAGUGACCUUGAGCUGUCAUAAGGGACAGAGGAUGGUGAGGAUCGGGAGCGGGUUCUUCUGCGAGAAGGUACAGAUUAACUCGAGACUGAGGUGUCCUGUUGGGCAGAUCCUCAUCGCUGCCGAUUCGAGACCAGUGUGUAGGACGCUGGACAAGAAUACCAAUCUCUGUGACGAGGACUCCCGCCCCGUAGAAACUGAAGAUGGGGUUGUGUGCAGGUCCUUCACCCUGGACCUGGACUGUCCCGUAGGGUACCAUCUGUCCUCCUCACCCCCCAAGUGCCACCCCCUCGCAGCGGAAUACGACUGCGACACAGAACCAUGUCCUCCUCGCGGGGGUCCACUGUCGCCAUGUGAACAGGGCUACGGACUCGUUAAUACCACAUUCGGGCUGGUGUGUCAGCUGGAGGAGUUUAUUGAGGUCAUCUGCGAUGACUUCACAUGCCGGACAGAAAUUGUGGAGAACUGUAAGAUAGAUCGGGUGGACCGACACAAGCGACGGAGCUGUAAGGACCUUCUGCGUGGCUUCCUCAGGGGAUGUAACCCACAGUGUGCCAACGGAGGAACGUGUCUAAACGGGACGUGUGUCUGCCCCGCGGGAGUCAUGGGGAGUACCUGCCAGGAAGAUAUUGAUGAGUGUCAAGAGCUGCCACCUGGUUUCUGUCAGUAUCGCUGCAAGAACACAUUCGGCCACUUCGAGUGUGAGUGCCCCCCUGGCACAACACUGAACAGUGACAAGAGAACAUGCACAGUGUUGAGAUGUGUGCCCGACUGCCUGAACGGCGGUAGAUGCAGCAACAGCGGCGUGUGCGUGUGUCCCUCUGGCUUUACGGGAGAUUUAUGUGAGAGUGAUAUAGAUGAGUGCGCUGGUGGGCGUGGCCUGUGUGAGUUCUACUGUCGCAACACUUACGGAGGCUACGCAUGUAUCUGUCCCCCAGGCUCUCGACUGAGGGGGGACAACAGGUCCUGCAUGAAUACCACGUGUCAGCCCGAGUGUCGGAACGGGGGUCACUGCGAGAACCACCGAUGUGUGUGUCCCUCCCAGUUUCAGGGGGUCAUCUGCCAGCUAGAUGUGAACGAGUGUUCAGGUAGGCACCGAUGCAGUCACACGUGCCACAACAAAUAUGGCGGCUAUCAUUGUUCGUGUCCUCCGGGGCUGACUCUAGCUCGGGACAGAUAUACGUGUGAACAUCCCUCCAGAAGACUUAAGUCUCGCAAUCAAAUUGGAAAAUGAUUCUUCACAUUAUAUUUGACACUUGUUAAUAAAUGUUCAAUUUCUA